AUGGACGCACUCGUCGCGUACAAUAGAUAUCGCAACAGCGAGAAUAUCGUAUUGAUUGCGUUUUUAUCUAGAGUUAUGUUCAUAGCUUUGAUGUUUAUCUGCGACGCGUUCGUAUCCGAUUACGAUACUUCUUCUUCUCAUUCUUCCAACAAAAUGAGUGGUUCAACACUAACACGUGACGGGUUUUGUUCUCGCAUGGAAUCCAUUGCGGUGUGGGAUGGAGUUCACGUUUUGCGAAUCGCAGAAGUGGGUGGUUAUGAAUACGAACAUUCUCAUGCUUUCUACCCGGCGUUGCCGUUUCUACUACGGUUCAUUAUUCGCGACAGCGAGAUGACUACGUGCGUUUUAGCACGAACCGCGUUGGUUUUGAAUGCCAUGGUUUCUAUCGCAACAGUAGUAAUCAUGGAGAAGCUCGCGUUCAUCCUCUUGGCGAAUCCGCAGAAAGGAAAAACUCUAGAUGUUCAUUUCGCUGGAAAGUGUGCGUCUUUCUCGAGAUCUGCAGCGUUACUGUAUUGCUUUACUCCGGCUUUCAUAUUUCAUCUCGCUCCGGGAUAUACGGAAGCGAUAUUUACUUUUUGCGCAACUUAUGGCGCUCUCUUAUUUGCAAGAGGUUCGAUGUAUGAAUUCGAUGGAGCACGUGCGACGACUGAUUGGCGAUUCGUUUUGAAUAAAGUGACGAGCUAUGUGUUCUUUGCUCUCGCGGCGAGUUUUCGUUCAAAUGGUAUUUUAUUGGGUAUCUAUCCAGCCUGCGAAAUUAUAUCGUUGUUGUUAGCAGUUAAACGUGAAAGAAAGUAUUGGUUUAAGAGGCUGGUUUCGUUGCCUAUACACGUCAUCGGUGGUUUGUGUAUCGCACUUCCAACCGUUUUGGUACAAUAUAACGCCUACUUGAGCUUUUGCGGGAUCGAUUCGGGAUACGAGAUUGGAGGAGGAGGAGGAAGUGCCGUUGAAGCAGCGAAAUCACGGCCGUGGUGCUCAAAAUUUCCCCCGAACGUGUACGCGUUCAUCCAGUCGGAGUACUGGGACGUUGGUUUCCUCCAAUCCUGGCGCGUUUCCCAAAUGGGAAAUAUUCUGAUUGCUUCUCCAGCAUUGCUCGCUUCGAUGUAUUGUUUGAAAAUGUAUUCAUUUAUACGAAGAGAUAGAGUAUUGGUAUCGCCUGUUGGAGCUUUAGCGGGAGAUAUUCUGUGGUUGAUUAGUUGUGUAUUGUGUGCAACCGUGACGCAUAUACAAAUCGCGAUGCGGUUUAUGAGUGUGUUAGCCGCGCCAUACGUGGCAAUCGCUAGAUUUGGCGGCGAAGAGAGCGAGAGAGGCAAAUACUUACUCGCCUCAUUCGUCGCCGGGUACGCACUCGUCGGAAUGGUUUUGUUUAGCAACUUCUAUCCGUGGACAUAA